GAGGCACGACGCGGGCUGCGCAUGCGCCCUCCGUGCGUCAGCGUCUGCGGCCGGACGGCGGCCGGAAGCGCGGAGAGCCAGGGGUCCGCCGCGGCGUCUCCCGCGCCGGGUGGGCGCGGCGCGUCCCGAGACCACGGAAGGGACGGGCUAGCGUAAGUGCCCGCCCGCCCCCAGCCGCCAGAGUCGGAAGUGCGGUGCUUCCUGCCCGCCAGGCCGCUGCCGUGGGAGCCGGAGCGCGCCCCUCCCUGGCCGGGACGUCGCGGGCCCUCCCUCGCCCUUUCCCCGCGGGCACCCCCUCGCCCUCUCGCUCGGGCGGGGAGCCGCUGCCGAGGCCAUGAAGCUCGUGAGGAAGGACAUCGAGAAGGACAGCGCGGGCCAGGUGACCCUGGUCCCCGAGGAGCCCGAGGACAUGUGGCACACCUACAACCUGGUGCAGGUGGGCGACAGCCUGCGCGCCUCCACCAUCCGCAAGGUGCAGACCGAGUCGGCCACGGGCAGCGUGGGCAGCAACCGCGUGCGCACCACCCUCACGCUCUGCGUGCAGGCCAUCGACUUCGACUCGCAGGCCUGCCAGCUGCGGGUCAGGGGCACCAACAUCCAGGAGAACGAGUACGUCAAGAUGGGGGCUUACCACACCAUCGAGCUGGAGCCCAACCGCCAGUUCACGCUGGCCAAGAAGCAGUGGGACAGCGUGGUGCUGGAGCGCAUCGAGCAAGCCUGCGACCCGGCCUGGAGCGCCGACGUGGCGGCCGUGGUCAUGCAGGAAGGCCUCGCGCACAUCUGCCUCGUCACUCCCAGCAUGACCCUCACCCGGGCCAAGGUGGAGGUGAACAUCCCCCGGAAGCGGAAGGGCAACUGCUCCCAGCACGACCGGGCCUUGGAGCGGUUCUACGAGCAGGUGGUGCAGGCCAUCCAGCGCCACGUACACUUUGACGUCGUCAAGUGCGUGCUGGUGGCCAGCCCAGGAUUUGUGAGGGAGCAGUUCUGCGACUACAUGUUUCAACAGGCGGUGAAGACCGACAACAAAGUGCUGCUGGAAAACCGGUCCAAAUUCCUCCAGGUACAUGCCUCCUCUGGACACAAGUACUCCCUGAAAGAGGCCCUUUGUGACCCUACAGUAGCUAGCCGCCUUUCAGACACUAAAGCCGCUGGGGAAGUAAAAGCCUUGGAUGACUUCUAUAAAAUGUUACAACAUGAACCUGACCGAGCUUUUUAUGGACUCAAGCAGGUGGAGAAGGCCAAUGAGGCCAUGGCAAUUGACACAUUGCUCAUCAGCGAUGAGCUCUUCAGGCACCAGGAUGUAGCCACGCGGAGCCGGUACGUGCGGCUGGUGGACAGCGUGAAAGAGAACGCAGGCACUGUUAGGAUAUUCUCUAGUCUCCAUGUGUCUGGGGAGCAGCUCAGCCAGUUGACUGGGAUAGCGGCCAUUCUUCGCUUCCCUGUCCCUGAACUCUCUGACCAAGAGGAUGAUUCUAGUUCUGAAGAAGAUUAAUGAUUGGAACUAAUAAUUGAAACACUCUGUGUCUCACUCCUUCACUGUUAAUUUUCUCAGCAUCCUUGUGAUGAAAGCUUCAGAAGUGGCACUUGUGAUUCUUACAGGGAUUUCUCAUGCAUUUGGUCAUGCUGGGUGAUUUGUGGUUGGCAAGGCAUGUAUUUAAAAAAAAAUAAGACUGAACAAUAAAAGGAAAUAAUCUCCAUGUAUUGCCAUCUUUAUUAA